CCCAACAGAGGCACCAAGCGGACCCGGGACGACGAGGAAGAGGAGCUGAAGGGGCGGCCCAAGCCAGCCGGGUCCCGGGAGCGUGGCCGUUUCCGGGAGGAAGACCCCCCGGCUGCCGAGGAGUCCGAAGAGGAGAAGAAGAAGCUGCACCACGUCUUUGAAAAAGGCGAGGAGGAGGAGGAGGAGGAGGAACCUCUGGAUGAAAGCUCCGUGAAGAAGAUGAUCCUCACCUUUGAGAAAAGAUCUUACAAGAACCAGGAACUCCGGAUCAAAUUCCCAGACAAUCCAGAGAAAUUCAUGGAAUCCGAGCUGGAUCUCAACGACAUCAUUCAAGAGAUGCACGUCGUCGCCACCAUGCCGGACCUCUACCAUCUCCUGGUGGAACUCAACGCCGUCCAUUCCCUCCUUGGGCUGCUGGGGCACGACAACACCGAUAUCCUUCCGGCUUCAUUUGUGUCACUCUUGCGUUCCUUGGGGCUUGGCAACUGGAAGAACAUCUUGGGCUGA